GUGCCAUUUCCUCUGAAGAAAUAAUUAAAUAUGCCCAUAGGAUCAGUGCUAGCAAUGCUGUUUGUGCCCCUUUGACAUGGGUACCAGGGGACCCACGAAGGCCAUAUCCUACAGAUCUGGAAAUGAGGAGUGGCCUCUUGGGUCAGAUGAACAACCCAUCCACCAAUGGAGUUAAUGGACACUUACCAGGGGAUGCACUUGCAGCAGGCAGGCUGCCAGAUGUCCUUGCACCUCAGUAUCCUUGGCAGUCAAGUGAUAUGUCAAUGAACAUGCUACCUCCUAAUCAUAGUAAUGACUUCAUGUUGGAGCCUCCAGGACACAACAAAGAGAACGAAGAUGAUGUAGAAGUUAUGUCGACAGACUCCUCAAGCAGCAGCAGUGACUCAGACUAGGUAUGAGAGGGACAGUAUCCCUUGUAGACCUUUCCUGUGGCAAAGGUAGGUUGGAUGCUGUUUGUCACAGACUGCAAUACCCUUUUGUUACACUGGUGGCCCUGCGUAGGGAGAAGAUAACAGCUGGGUCAGAAGUAGGGUGACAUUUAAAACCAUGGACUCCAGAAUUAUUUUUUUUUUCCAUUAGAUGGUCAGGGACUGGGAAUUUUCUGCCAGAGGAGAGAUGUCAGAUUUCUAGUGAUUUACAUAAAUGUGUGAAUGUGUAUGUUUGCAAGCGGUGUGUGUGUAUAUAUAUGUAUUUACUAUACAUUAGAUGACGAAAGUUCCUGGGAAAAAAGGUGUAAGGGGAAUCCCCUUGUAUGCUUGUUAGUAACUUCACUCUUUUGAUGAUAGCCUUUUCUAUGGCACAGAAAUGAGACACAAAAUUUGUAAUUUUAAUAUCU